AUGCAGAUCAAGGACGAGGAAGCCCUGACCUACCUUGGAAAGCUGAAGGGAGAUCCUAACAAGCGAUCAAGGGACAAAUAUUGCCAUUUCCACUGCGACCACGGUCAUGACACGGCCGAUUGUUAUGACUUAAAGCAGCAGAUCAAAGCCCUUAUCAAGCAAGGGAGAUUGCAAAAGUUUGUCAGAAAGGAGAAAGCGGAUCCACCUCCUCAAGAACAGUCCCGCCAACGGGAUAAUGAGCCCCCUAGACCCCCCAUAGGAGACAUUAGGAUGAUCAUAGGGGGAACAGCAACUACUGGGUUGUCAAAGAAGGCCCACAAGACUUACCUCAGGAUGGACCAGAGUGUCCAGCUGACGGGCUCCGUGCCAAAGAUAGCGCGAACAGAAGGCCCCGUCAUUGGAUUCUCGGAAGAAGAUACGCAAUGGCUUCACCACCCGUAUGACGAUGCGCUUGUUGUCAACAUUCAAGUAGGGGGCUACAACAUGCAUCGGGUGCUGGUCAACAAUGGCAGCUCGACGGAUAUCCUAUACUACCUAGCGUUCCAGCAAAUGGGGAUUGACAGAGAAUGA